GAAAGUGUCCAAAAUAUAUCAGAACUUCCGGACACAGGCGAGGUGGAGUUGGGUUCGGCAUGAAAUUUUGAGAAGGCAACCAUGGAAGUCCUUUCUUCCUCAGCCACAAACAUCUGCCUAAUCCGAAACUUCCCUAUUAAAUCGCCGACGAGGCAAACCCAAGUCUCCAAUUCCUUGCACGUACGCUUCAAACUUUCCAACUCACCCAACAAGAAAAAUCAAAGCCACAACUUCAAUCAUUCUUCCUUCUACCAUUCCUCUUCUUCUUCCAUUUAUUGUGUUUCUUCAUCGACAGCAAGAAGUGCAUCAUCAACACCUGGCUCUUCCACUUCCCCUCCUUUACUAUCCACUGCCAGUGGCCACCACCACUGGGUGGUGGUCAUGGAGAAACCUCAAGGAGUGGAUUCCAAGCCAGAAAUCAUUGAUUACUACGUCAAAACCCUGGAAAGAGUUUUGGGCAGUGAAAAGGAUGCUCAGAUGUGUAUUUAUGAUGCUUCUUGGGACACCCAUUUCGGAUUCUGCUGUGAUGUGGAUGAAGAAACUUCACGCGAGCUUGCUUGUUUACCAGGGGUUUUAUCUGUUAGGCCUGACCUGGAUUUUAAUUCUGCUAAUAAGGACUAUGGUUUUUCGAUGAUCCAUUCUGGUAAUCUUUCAAACUUGCAUAUUGGGAGCCCUUACUUAUUUCCUGCGGGUAGUUCUAAGCAUUGGCUUGUUCGAAUGGACAAGCCGGGAGUUGGAGUUGUGACAAAGGCGCAGAUGGUUGAUUUUUAUGUCCAAAUACUAUCCAAGGUUUUAGGGAAUGAAAAGGAUGCUCAAAUGUGUAUAUAUCACAUUUCUUGGCAAUCCAAUUUUGGGUUCUGUUGUGAACUUGACGAGGAAUGUGCACGGGAACUAGUAGGUGUGCCUGGUGUCAUGUCUGUUCAGCUAGACACAAACUUUGGGUCAGAAAAUAAGGAUUAUGGAGGUGAUAAUUUACGGAAUUCUAGUGGUUUGCUUGAUUCUGCUGAAGCAAAUCAGUCAACCAACAUAGGAACAAAGAAACUUUUUGUGACUGGACUGUCAUUUUAUACGUCUGAGAAAACCUUACGUGCAGCAUUUGAAGGUUUUGGUCAGCUUGUUGAAGUCAAGAUUAUAAUGGAUAAAAUUUCUAAAAGGUCCAAAGGUUAUGCAUUUAUAGAGUAUACCACUGAGGAAGCUGCGAGCGCAGCCCUCAAAGAGAUGAAUGGAAAAGUCAUUAAUGGCUGGAUGAUAGUUGUUGAUGUGGCAAAAAAGAACCCACCAAAGUACAGCAGAGGCAGCCUAAGAUCAACAGUUUGACACUGGCAUGUCCAUGAGUGUGUGAGGGCAUGUGAGCCUCGGAUGAAUGUGUCUGUGAAAGGGGAGUAUACUGGGCAUAUUUGUCAUUUGAGUAUAAUAUACUUGACAUAUUUGCAUGCAGGUGGAGUGAGCGGUUGAUACAAUGGUCAUUAUAGCUAAUAAAACUGUAUUUAGUAUUUCUAGAGAUCCUAGUACAGUGGUGUAGGUAGAGUCAUUUGUGAGGAUAAAAAUGACGACUUGUUCCCUCUUCCCCCUUUAAAUUAAUCUAUUUCUCUUCUUUUUCCAAAAAAAAUUUGGUUGCAUGAAAAAGAGAAGCUAUGUAUCUAUCUUCAAUUCGUAUUAAGGUCUGGUAGCCUUACGCACUGAGUUGCUAAAAAAUUGCUGUUAAAAUCAAUAGCUCCUUGCAUGAAGAGGAUGGAUGGUACUGGAAGGAGAUUGGUUGUGGUAGUGGGAAAGGGCAGGGAAUGACAGGGAAGAGAGUUGAUACAAGAAGCAUUUCCUGUUUUUAUUAUUGAAAACAUGUAUUAAUGUAUUAUAAUUCCGAUAAUGAAGAGUGAGAAAUUCUUUCAAA